UGUUUGCUAUCUCAAAAAAGUUUCUACACCGCGGAUAGAAAAUGCUAGUAAUAUAAAGGGACCCCUCGAACUCGAAGGGCCAAAACCCCUAAAACUCGAAUUCUCUCCCUCAUGGCUGACGGUUUCGAUUCUCAUGCUCUUUCUUCUUCUUCUGACUUGUCCAACUCCCUUUCUGUAAAGAUGAAAGAUGAGAUAAGCAUCUCUGACGAUACCCAUGUGCCCAAAGUCACAGAUUUUGAAUCCAUCAAGAAAGAAGAAACCAUCACUGCAAAGAUGAAAGAUGAGAUGAUCAUCAAUGUGGGUGCCUCUGAAACUCAAGAUUUUGAAGUUGUGGCCCAAAGUGUUGAUGAAUCCAUCAAGAAAGAAGACACCAUCAAAAGCUUGAAUUUGGUGGGCUCCAAAGAUGAAGAGAAUGUGGGUGCCUCUGAAACUCAAGAAUUUGAAGUCAAAGACAAUACCCAUGUUACAGAUUUUGAAUCCAUCAAGAAAGAAGAGAAUUUGGUGGGCUCCAAAGAUGAUGGGUCUGUGAGGUGUUCACUCAAGAUUGAAGUAAUUGAUGAUACAGCAAUGAUUGAUAUCUCUCAACUUGGAAAAACUUGCUCACUUGACAAAAAAAUUGAUGGGAAAUCUGGGAGAAAUAGGAAGAAAAAGAAUGUAAAUAAUCUACUGGAAAAAGAGAAAAAGGUGGCCAAAGAAAAGAAUGUGCUCAUUUCUGAUGGCUAUAAAAGGAAAGGAGGAGAAGAGAAAAGGGUUUAUUCCAGAGAGGAGUUGGAAAAUUUGAGGUUUAUUGGAAUGGAAGAACAGAGAAAAAUGUGGGUUGAAGUGUACUGUGGGCUUGGUCAUACUGUGCAAAAGGAGUACGAUGGCCUCCUUCACAUCCCUCGCAGACACCUUGGAAAAGAAAAUACCCCUCUCAUUUCUGGUAAUGACCAUUCAGAGCACUUGGAUGAUCAAGAAGGGAAUAUAGACACUAGAAAUUCUCCUUUGGCAUUUCCUCUCAGUAGGGAUGAUGACAUCUCUUAUGAGGGAGAAAGCUAUGUUUAUGAAGAAAGUGAUGAUAGUGAUGAUGAUUAUAGUAGCAUUCAAAGACCUGCCUUUAGAGUUACGGGAGAGCCUGAUUUUGAUUCUGGUCCUCCUGAAGAUGGAUUUGAGUAUCUUAGGCGUGUCAGGUGGGAAGCGCUACGGUUGCCCAAAGUGAAGGUUGCAACUGUUCAAGGCAGUAAACUAAACAAAGAACAGACAUCUUACAUGCCCCAAAUUCCUGAUAUUGCAAGCUGUCUAGAGCACUUGUUGCCGCUCAAGGAGUGGGAGGAAGCAUUCGUUGCUGAUUUUUCAGAGCUAAGACAGGCUUUAUCACGUUUGGAAGCUAAUGAUGGAACUUCCAGUCCGCUGCAUUCUGCAACCUUUGUUGAUCAACAACACUCCUCUUCAGAUCAGCUUCCUGAAAACAUUGUUUUGGAUAAGUUUGAUGGUUUGAUGUCAAGAGAUGAGGAGUCUUGCCUAUCUGAUGCUGGUGAUGAUCCUGUCCUGGAAAAUUCCGUGCCAAAGUCAUCUCCUGCCGGAGGAUUUGGCAACAGCCCUACCUUGUCUGUUAUCUUACGAAUGGAUGCUGUAGUUCGAGUUUCGAUGUUAAGGAAGCGAAUUACAGCUUUGCAAAGCAUGACUACUCUUUCAAGGGAUGACUGCUUAUGGCUGUAUGCUCUGUGCGCUGCUGUUGAUACUCCUGUUGAUGCCGAUACAUGUGCCGCUCUACGGUCAUUACUCCGAAAAUGUGCAAGCUUGAGAGCUGACAAGGCCAAACUCGAUGAUGAAGUUAUUAUGCUUAAUAUGUUGGUCACAAUAUCUGGGAGAUAUUUUGGACAGUCCGAACAAUGAAAAUCUUUUUACUUCGUCAAAGAGCCCUGUUGGGGACUUGAGCAAAAUGUACUCUCCUCCAUUUUUAUUUUUAUUUUUUAUAUCACUUUCCAGUUUUCUUUGGUCAUGGUGUUCCCAUGAUAAUUUAUUCUCAAUGGUGUAGUUCAUUUUUAUACUAAAAGGAAACCUCGUGUACUGAUUCCAUGGUUCCAUAUUCAUGUA